UCGAAAAUGAAUUACAUUCUGGAUGUAGAAUCACGUUUAUGGAAACGAUUUAUGCGCAAUAAAUAUUAUCGUCAUAUUCAUAAUCAUGUAUUCUAUCUAUAUUAUUAUGAUGAUCAUAUUCGUCGAAAUUAUCGUCGUCGACAACAACAACAACAACAAUCACGGCCAUCUGAUUUUGAUCAUUGGGAAUCAAUGGAUUAUGAACAAAUUGAUUUCGACAACAACAUUCGGUUACGUCGAUCAUUUUGGAAUGUUAUCAUACCAGGUUUGAUGUCCACAAUACAAACAAUCGGUGCUGGCCUAUAUGUAUUAUCGCCUGGUUAUUUUCAACAAUUUUCAUUUUUCAACACUUUUGCACGAUUCAAUACACCAGAAGGACGGAUAUAUUUUCUUACUGCAUGGGCAAUAGCAGCAGGUUCGGUAGUCAUAAUGUUAUUUUAUUGUCUACCAACACGUUUAGAACAAUUUCAAUUUCUUCGUAUACUUCGUAUGAAUUCUGGCAAUAAUCAUCGAUUGAAUACUAAAGAAUUCGAACACUAUGAACGAACACGUGAUCGUACAUUUUCAGCUAUACGUAGUUUUAUGUCCAUUUUUGGACUACUAUUUCCAUUCGGUUUCAUACCAAUAAUGAUUGAACAAGAAGCAUAUAAAAUUUCAUUAUUUUGGACCAUUUUCUGGUUCAUCAUAAUCAAUAUGAAUCAAUGUUAUCUAUCAACAGCUCAAUAUUUUAGUCCAAUAUUUAUUACAUUACUACAAUAUUAUUUCCGAUUACGGCAACGUAAUCUACAGAAACGUUUACUACAUUUACAGCGACGUUUUCAUAUAAAACAAAAUAUAAUCAACAACAACAACAAGAUAUGGAUACGGAAAAUAAAUAAUGAUAUUGUUCGCAUUAAUCGUUUAUAUGGUGAAUUACGACAGGAAAUUCAUUCGGCCAGCAAUCAAACACGUAGAUUUGUAACGGCAAUAUUUUUCGAUCUUUGUUUACAGGCAACAUAUCUGAUUUCGGUGGCCAUAUUCACAUCGGUUGCACCGGCCAUAAAAUUGGCCAUAUUGCAGAUUACCAUUGGCAUUAUAACAAUGUUGACAACAUUUUUAUAUAGUUCAUCAAUGAUUGAACAUGAAGAUUGGAAAUUUUAUUGUCUAAAACAAAAAUGUCUUAAUCAUUUUAGUAAUUCUAAACAGAAUAUUGUCACCAUCAAGAAUUUGAUCAAGCUUGGUACACCGAUCGAACGAUCAUUUGGUUUCACAUUGAUACAUGAUAUUGUCAUUAGUUCGCAUUUAUCCGUCACUGUUUUGAUUAAUAUAAGCACAUUUUUCUUUUUGCUUGCAUCACAAUUUCGUUGAUAGUGAAAGAGAAAGAGCU